GCUUGUCAACUGAGCAAUUCACCUCUCCUUGCUAUUACCUCCUGCUCGAUAUCGCCCCCUCAUUGAGACAGCCAUCCACGUUCGUAGUGGCCAAGCAGCUUCUCCCUCUUCGUCGUGUUGAUCCAGAGAGGACAGAGCCAGUCUCAUCCCUCGCCGUCUUCGACGCUCACCUCACGCCCCAGGUCUCUCAGUGACGUCGCCAGGCUUAUCGCUCCACACCCCUCGGCGGCCCUGCUCAGCAUCAGCUGCGACGGCCACAAGGCCCAGCUUCACCGGCUCCGCUUCACAUUCAAUGGUCUCCCCAUCCCUCUGCUAGCUCCAGUCUAGCUUAGCCUAACCCACAAAACCAUCAUCUCAUCAGCAUGUCCCACUUGCCCAACUUCCUCGCAUCCUCCUCGUCUCGACGACAGGCUCAACACCCAUCAACUAGCUCAGCUGCCUCGUCUCAGCACCGAAAUGCCGCCGACUCGCGAUAUCAGUUCGAUCCGCUGCUCCGUUCGACCUUCGGGCAUCGCUCUGUCGACCUGUACGGGUCGCAAAUUGAUAAUAAUCAGCGCGGAAGUGGGGCAUACUACGAUGAUGACGAAGAGGACGGGGAGGAGGAGGAGGAUGGUCGCGCAGAUGCGCAGUGGGCUCAGGGACGAUCCCGGGUACCAGGCGGUGGCGCCUCCAGCUCGCUGAUCAAUGCGUCAAGAUAUGGGCCCGCAGCAGCGAGACGUGGCGGGCCUGAACUGCGAGAGAUCGAAGAUGAAGAGGAUGACGACGACGAUGAGAUGGCUAGAGACGAAGCCGAUUUAGCGAGGGAGGAAGAUGAGCAGCGAGACUGGGGACGCGGUGUCAACGUACGCAACUUUGCUGGCGGAAGGGCUGGGCAGCAGCAUCGACAAGGGCUGGAUGACUCGAUGCUGGGUAGUGCAGUGCUGGGCGGUAGUGGAAUCAGCGAGGGAGAAGGAGAAGGGACAGACACGCCCAGCGCAAGCUUCACUGCCCACCCAAGCGUAAGAAGUCAGACUCAGCCCGCUGUGCUUGACCCAUUCCUUGUCGACGAUGAGGACGAGGAUGGAGCAGCACCAACACGAGCGCCUAGCACGGCCAAUGGAGGUCGGGAACGGCAACGCUCAUCCCAGUCUCCUGCUCGUAGCGCAUCAAAAGGCAAGGGAAAAGCUCAAGCCCUUUCAGCACCAGUCAGAACGCUUUCAGGAAAAGGAUGGCUUGCUCAUUCCCUAGCCCCGGGCAGCAAUAAGGGCAAAGGGAAAUCGCGGCCUCUGCGAGACGCCUAUUCCAUUUACGACGAUGAGGAUGAGGGAGUGUUCAGCUCUGAGGACGAGGAGAGCGAGGGCAGCGAGGGAACCGAUGAGGAGCGAGACGAUGGCGUUGCUUCCCGCUCCACCACGAUGCAUCGGCCGACCAAGAUGUCCGCCGCCAGCUUUCCACGGCCGCUUGGUCACUCGCUGCAUAACGGCGAUGACGGUUUCCACAAGAAGAUGCCUUCAACAAGUGCCGCAGAUGGAGCAACCAACACGCAGUCUGGCUCUGACUCGAUCGUGAUUGACGUCCCGCGCAGCUACACCCCUACACUCUCCUCCGACAUGCAGAGUUGGGCCCCUUGGUCCGCUGGAAAUAACCCUCCCAUCAAGCAAUGGAAAGAUCGCCCGGCCCUCCUCCUUUGGUCAGCUUCACUUUUCCUCACCUUGCUCCUGGCGGGAGGGGCAAGCAUAGGUGCUCCAACCCCAAAGGUGCCCAGUACCCCGGCGAUCCGGCCCAGCCCUUAUUACACGUUGACGCGAUCCACCCCGCUGCUCGUGCUCUUGUGCGCGCUGUCCCUGGGAAUGGCGACGGUGCAGCUUGCUUUCCUCCGCAACCUCGAUCGGCUCGGAGGGGCAAAAGUCCUCAAGUUCUCCCUAGUCGCCACUCCAACGGCCCUCACACUGGGGUGGGUUUGGGCCUUUGCUGGGUCUUUCUUUUUCGACGACGAACAGUGGAGUGGGGGCGGCUGGAGUACUACCGGCCUACGUACCCUUUCGCUGAUUCCGCUCCUUUUGGCGAUCUUCUUCAGCCGAGUGCUCUACAUGAAGCGAGGCCACCUCGCGCGAAGCCUCAGUGUCCUCAGCCUGGCGGCCAGGAUCGUACAUGCUCAUCCCACUUUAUUGUUGCUAAGCCUGCUGCACAUCGUCGCCUUCCUUGUGGUCAGCCUACCCUUUGGCACCAUCUUCAUGCGCCUUUUCUUGUUGGGGCAUUUUGCACACGGGAAGGGUGCAAAUGACGACGAAUGGAUCACCGAUGGUAGAGCCAGAGUACUGGCUUGGGCGACGCUGGCUACGUGGAUCUGGACCUGGGCGGCCUUGCGCGGGAUAAUGAGGGUGACCGUGGCUAGUGUGGUCAGUCAUUGGUACUUCUAUGGGCCGCCGAGUGAAGAGAUGACGGACGAAGAGCAAGAUGCUGGUGGUGGCGAGGCAGCCCUUUCGUCUGGUGGACGCAAGCUGAAGCGGGGAGCGCAGGAGCAGGCAGACGAAGGCGACGAGGAUGACGCUACGGAGCGUGGCAGCUCGACUUCAAGCGAGGUCCUGGGUCUGGGCGAGAGCCUUCCCGGCGCGAUGUCGGAUGUGCCUGGCGGCUACAAGGACCCUACCCACCCGCACGACAGCAGUGAAGAUGCCCAACUCUCACAUCGCAAUCCCACUGCGAGCGACCUGGUACGCGCUAGCUUUCUGCGCGCCACCGGCCCAUCUCUCGGCACGGUCCUCCUUUCCGCGCUCCUGCUGGCCUUCUCGCGCCUCCUCGUCCUCGUCUCCUUUCUAGCCCGUACGCUAGCCUCGAUCCUCUCCUCUCCAAAUAUACCGGCCUUCCUCCACCCCUUGGCCCAUGUGGCCUACCUGUUGAGCGGGGCCGGCGGAGUGAUCAAAGGAGUCAGCGAUUAUACGCUGGUCUACACAGGAAUCACUGGGGCAGACUUCUGGCGGUCCAGUCGACGAUGCUCCCGCCUGGUGGUACGAAGAGGAGCAAGGGGGGUGGUGGAGGGGCUGCUGAUAGGUACGGUCCUUUCACUCUUGACGGUAAGCCUUUCGCUGCUCGCGGCAUUGGCCGGUUUCUUGUUUUCGGCGCAUCAGCUUCAUGUGCCUGCGGAUGCUCCCCUCGUGGGCUUGCUGUGCGGGGUGGUACCUUAUUGGACACUGAGGCUCGCAGCGGACGUCUUGGCCAACGGGGCCGAUGCGCUUUACCUUUGUUAUGCGAUUGAUGAGGGGACUCCACAAACCGAUAGGGGAGAAAGCGGUGGAACUGGCGGCGAAGAUGUCGGCGAGAGUCAGAUGGAGGCGAGGCAGGCGUUGCGCGGUGGUGGCGGGGGCCAGAGCGGCAAAGUGCUUCCGAUUUGAGGAGGAGAUAUCAUGCUAUACCAUUCCCAGCCAUUCGAUAUGUGAAUUAAGAUUUUACUGCUGAAGCC